GUGUGUCUCAUCUUUGACCAAUCAGAUGGGGCAAUGUCUUGCGUAAUCAAGGAUGCGAAGUAAACACACCAUUUUGAGAAGAAAGGACAAACAUUUUUACAGUGUGUGCAGCCUCUUGUCGCGAUUGCAACCUUCUCAACGAUUUAUUGUGCACAAUUUGAAGCGAUAAACUAUCGAGAAAGAUGACGACCAUCUUGGAUCCUUCUCCCGUCCACCGCCCUGACAUGGAAGGGUGCGAUAAGAUUUUCAGAAACUUCGAGGUCUGUAACCAAAAUUCUGAAGAGGUCAACAGUCACACAGACCAGGUACGGAACACAUACCAGCUGAUGCACACCCACCAGACUGUGGACUUUGUCAGGAGAAAGAUGGAGCAGUGGUGUAAGUUGGACCACGCCCAGAUGACCAUGCUAGAGUGUCUGGAGGAGUUGAACAACCUGGUGGAUGAGAGUGACCCUGAUGUUGAUGUUCCAAACAUCUACCAUGCCUUCCAAACAGCAGAGAGUAUAAGGGAGAAGCACCCAGACAAUGACUGGCUGCAGUUGACUGGUCUGAUCCACGAUGCAGGAAAGAUCAUGGCUAUCUGGGGAGAGCCACAGUGGUGUGUGGUGGGCGACACAUUCCCAACAGGCUGCCUGCCCGCCGAGUCUGUUGUCUUCCGUCACAGCACGUUCCAGGACAAUCCUGACAUGAAGGAUCCGAAAUUCAACACCAAACUUGGGAUGUACGAGGAAAACUGUGGCCUGGACAAAGUUCUAAUGUCUUGGGGCCAUGAUGAGUACAUGUACCGUGUCCUUAAGGGAAACAAUGCCACGCUGCCAGAAGAGGCGCUGUAUGCGAUCCGUUUCCACUCGUUCUACCCGUGGCACGGGAGCGGGGACUACGACUAUCUGUGUAACAACAAGGACAGGGAGAUGCUGGCCUGGGUCAAGGAGUUCAACAAAUUUGACCUGUACUCCAAGGCAGACGACCUUCCUGACAUCGAUGCCCUGAAGCCAUACUACCAGGGCCUGAUUGACAAAUACAUCCCUGGCAAGCUGCGCUGGUGAGGUGUCAGUCACAGAAUUACAGAAAACGUUGUGGAAACGCACUCUUCCAGUCUAUUUGUACUCUACAAACUCUGCUUUUAACAACAGUGAUCUGUUGUUGUCAAUGUCUCAGGUGAUUGCAGUUAUUUCUGCAAAGGUCUAAAAUACAGCAAGGAUGGUAUAUAACAUCCUUGGUUGCACCAAAAUCUCACAAGCUUUGAAAGAGAGAGAGAGAGAGGCUUUGAGAGCCUUUAAAGUUUAAGCAGUAAGGCUACAAGCAGUAGUGUUGCCAAUGAACUACAUGUACAUGUAUGGUACACAACAAAGGUCUUGACAUAGCACUCAAUGUGGAUUCCACCCUUAGUCUGGAAGAAAAAUAUCAGACCAAGCAAAAGCUAAUUUCUCUAUGUUUUGCAUCAUAGCCCAAACCCUGGUAGAUGUGGGGGCAUAUUGUAACCACUGAUGUCUCAAAAUAAAAAUU